UAUUUAUUUUUGUUCAAAAAAAAAAAAAACCUUUUUUUUUGUCAUGUUGAGAAACAGUUUGAAACGUAUUGUAAACAAUAACAAGCAUGUUGUAUUACGACAACAAAGAAGAUGUUAUCAAGGUUCAACCGCGACAAAAAUAAACUACUUACCUUAUGUUGGAAUUACAGCAUUAGCUGCAGGCACUGGUUAUUUGCUGGGAAAUAAAGAGACUGUGGCUGCUCCCGUUGCUACUGUUGCCGUGGCCGAACACCCUACGAUUCCCAUUCCCGCCAUUCCUACUCAUGAAACCAUCUUGAAAGUAUUCCAGGAACUGCGACAAGUUCUUCCUGCCGAGCAUGUUACUGUGGACGAAGAAGCAUUGAUGGACCAUGGUUAUUCGAAUAAUUCGUAUCAUAAUGAAGGCGCACCCAACAUUGUUGUUUACCCGUCGAGCACCGAGCAAGUAGCGGAAGUUGUAAAGAUUUGCAACAAGUACGAUUUACCCAUUAUUCCAUUUUCGGGCGGUACUUCGUUGGAAGGCCACUUCUCUGCACCCAAGGGAGGUGUGUGUAUUUCUUUCACAGAGCAUAUGGACAAGAUCAUUGCGUUUCAUCCGGAAGACAUGGAUAUUGUUGUACAACCCGGUGUACAAUGGGAAGAUCUUAAUAUCUUUUUGAAAAAAGAAAACUUGUUUUUCCCUCAAGACCCCGGACCGGGAGCUUGUAUUGGUGGCAUGGUUGGUACUUCUUGUUCAGGAACAAAUGCAGUGCGUUAUGGUACAAUCAAAGAGUGGGUUAUUAAUUUGACGGUGGUCACCGCAGACGGAAAGAUUUCAAAGACACGUCAAAGAGCAAGAAAGUCAUCGGCAGGUUAUGAUUUGACAAAAUUAUUUAUUGGGUCAGAAGGAACAUUGGGUGUGGUCACUGAGAUCACAUUGAAGUUGGCAGUUUUACCUCAGGUGGAGACAGUAGCCGUAUGUGAUUUCCCCACCAUUCGUGAUGCAGCAGCAGUUGUACCGGACCUUGUAAGAGCUGGAGUUCAAAUUGGAGCAGUCGAAUUAUUAGAUUCAGAAAUGAUGAAGGCCAUUAAUUUGGCUAAUCCAGAUUUGGGACAUUCUGAGAAGCCUACCUUGUUUUUUAAAUUUUCAGGUGGUUCAGACAUUAGUGUUCAACAUGAGAUCAAGAUUGUAUCAGAAAUUACCAAGAAACAUCAAGGCGGUGUAUUCAAGUAUGCAAAGAAUGAGCAAGAGAAGACGACACUAUGGGAAGGAAGAAAGAUUGCACUUUGGUCAUCCACACUACUGAAGCCAAACGCUUCUGUUUGGACAACUGAUGUCGUUGUGCCUGUUUCUAGGUUACCUGAAUUGAUUGCAGAAACGCAAAAGGAUAUCGACAGUUCAUUCUUGCCCUGUCCCUUAGUGGGACACGUCGGUGAUGGUAACUUCCAUGUGUUUAUCUUAUUUGAAAAGGACAAGGAGGAGGAAUACCAAGAGGCCAAGCGACUGAACAAGAACUUGCUUGAGAGAGCUAUCCGCAUGGAAGGUUCGAUCACUGGUGAGCAUGGUGUUGGUAUUGGUAAAAAGAAUUUCAUGGUUCAAGAGUUGGGUCAAAAUACCGUAGACAUGAUGAAGACUAUUAAAAUAGCACUGGAUCCAAAAGGUUUGAUGAACCCAGAAAAGGUCUUGCCUUGAAAAAGAAAAUCAUGCAACAUUUCAUUUAUGACGACACAGCCAAUCAAACUAAUUGGCUGGGGGCUCAUUUCUCUUUCUUAUCUAUCCCCCUUUUUUUUUAUUCUCUUCUUUUUCCU